AUGCCCCACUGCCUCAUGUGCACACGAUUCAAAAGACAAUGCCCCGGCCCCACCGAUGCACCCCUUCUCUUCGUGGACACGUCUUCCUAUCCAUCUGGAAAGAAGCCUCGCGCUAAGAAACCCUCACCUCAAGUCACCUCUCUAGAAGUCGCUCGACGGUUUGAAGACGGCAGAGGCAUAGCGGUCGGCGUGGGCUCCCUUCCCGAUGAGAUGGCAUUCGUUCUGCAAGUGGACGUCAGCCCGAGAUACGUUUUGGGCGAAGCGUUCUUCCAAAACUUGACCGCGUUCAUGUGUGCUGAAGGAAGACAUAUGCCUGGUGCAGUUCGGCGGACACCGAGCUGGUUGCAUGCGCUGCCGAGGAUGGCUGCUGCGCCUCCUCCAUCUGCAUCACAAGGCUCGUUGGCUACCCACAGAAACGAAGCGCUGAGUUUAGCCCUACGAGCCACAACUGCAGCCUUCAGUAGCUUGGAAUUGAGGAACGAUGCUCUGCUGCAUCAUGCGUACGGGCUAUAUGGUGGUAGCUUGCGCACUCAAGGAAGAGUACUGCAAGAGAAGGGAGACAAAGCUGGAGACCUAUACAUGAUCAUGACAAGUUUGAUGUUGACCUUGUUCGAGUCAGUAGUGGCGAGUUCUGGGGAGGGAUUCGCGUUGCACAACGUAGCUUGUGCAAAGAUGAUUGAUAAUGCACUCGAGCAGGCUUCGAAAGCGCAGGUGGAUAAGAAAGGGAAGGGACCUGGUGGAGGCGAACCUGGACCCAUGCUUAUCAACGCCUUCUUCCACGUCAGGAUACAGCUGUGUUUCGUGUACCUUACCACGUCCAAUUCUCGGAUACGCGACGAUCCGGUCAUGAAACGCGUGCUUUUAGAAGCCUGUGGCUGGACGCAGGAAAGGCUGCCACUCAACAUGCAGAUCAUCACACCCUUGGCAAAACUGAUGGAACUUCAAUCGAUUUCACGCGAGGCUACGUCAUCUGUGGGUCUCGAGCGCGAGAGAGAAAAAUAUACAAACGCGAGAGAAGAGGUCAACCAGUUAUGGAACGGGUAUAGACAACAGAGUAAAGGACAACGACUAUGCUGGACCAGUCCUGGUACAGGCCAUACUGACUUCCGGGAUCCUUUCACGGCACUGACAUACGCGUACUUCAGCGCCUGCCACAUUCUCCUUGGCCUGCUGGCGCCUACUUAUGAUGCACCCGUUGGGCAUUCAACGGCAUCCCUCCCCUUCAUGCCGCCCCAAAGGUCAAAGUCGAUAUCGUCUAGCUCCUCGACAUCUAGUAAUUCUAGCCCAACCUGGCACUCACCUGAUACACCACCGAGCUCAUCCCCGCCUUUGAAGGAUUUCGACCCUUCAUUUCCGCCACCUUCUAUGACUGACCACUUCGCGCUCAUCCUUUCAGUUUCUUGGUACUUGAGGCUCCGCGACACGGGCUUUGCUUAUCUUCGGCUACAUAACCCGCUGUUUCUUGUCGCCAUGUAUGCGCCGACUUUGCAACAUCGAAAUCUUGCUAGGAUGGUGUUUGAAGAUUGGAAAAUUGGUGCAUUGAGGGGCAUUGGAUGGCUAGCUAUUGCAAAGCUUGAUAAAGAACAAAGGGCAAUAGAGAGCUAUGGGCCGUAG